AAGUACAAAGACGAUAUAUAAAAUAUCAUAUAAUAUCAUAGUACAUAAUAGUGUAGUAUAUUAUAGUACAUGAAAUACAAUACAAUACAAUACAGCAACAUACAGCAAAGUACAGAACGGUACAGCACAGUACACUACAGUAGAGCGCAAUCCUAACUUGUACAACCACACUACGUUUCAAACAGUCGAACCAACCCGCAGACUGAUAUAAAGACAGACCCAACAGACAGACGAGCACAAAAAAAAUAUUCAUCGUUUUCAUCAAUUUUCUUCAAAAAAUUAAAAUAAAAAAAAGAAGAACUAAAUGGGUGAUUCAUUCUUCGGGUUCAAUACGAAGCUGCCACCCUUGAGUAAUGAUGAGCGACGACAGUUUGGCGAUGAUGGUAAUAUCAUACAAGGAGGAAACGCGCAAGGUCAAACAGACUACGGACAUGGAAUCCGCAACACAGUAGGAGAUGUAGAAGUAUAUGAUUUCGGAGCAAUGCAGGAGGAACUAGAGGGUGAGCUCGAAGAACAAGACGACGGGCUAGGUGACCAGCUGAUCGAAGAAGGCGAUAAUUUCAAUGACGAGACUUUUGGAGGAAACUCUACUGGUCAAGACUUUGAUUUUGCUGCUAAUACCGAAAGAUUCAACUCGAACCUCACUGAAGAAGAGGCGGCAUUCUUUAUCAAGCGUCCGAUAAAAGAGGAUCAAAGCCGCCGUUCGAAUGUACGUACUCCAUGGACUGGCACUAAUGGUCAUACCGGUAGUCCUCUCGGUAGUCGCCCACUUUCUGGAGACAUGCGCAACUCUGGAAAUAAUCACGACAACGGAAGGAAGUACGGAGAGUCUUCUCCUGUAACUCCAUCAGCAUCAAUCUGGGGAAGUUUUGGAGGAACUCUUGCUUCUGAUCGUGGGUAUGGUGGUGGUUCUCUUGGUGGAAGUCCCGGUGGACUUUCACCAUUCGCAGGCCGACCACAAUCCCGCCAACAGCCUCCGCAGUCGUACACGCCUUCACCUCCGCCUGGCCUAUCACCCUCGUCCUCGUUUGAGCACCAACACCAUCACCAACAGCAGCAGCAGCAACAGCAACAGCACCACCAACAGCAGCAACAGCUCCGUAACCAACCUGUGCUGUUGGAAGACAUUGAAGCAGAGCUCCAACGCCAGGCAACCACAGGUCGAUUCAGACAACACGAACACCAACGACUUUCCAAUGACAUUGACAACGGAAAGAAGAUGCUCAGUCUGGCAGAGGUUGAGGCUUCUAUGCUUGCAGCUGGCCAUGGUGUCAGAGGUUCUCCUCUUCAGCAGCAUCAUGCUCAACAGCUGCACAGAGAUCAAGGUGUGAUGCAUUUUGGUGGGGAGUUUCUCGAACAGACUUUGUUGGAACGUGAAUUGAACCGAAGACACAUCCAGCGAAAGUCUCAGUACAACGGACUUAUGACCCAGCACGAUAAGGAUUUCAUCAACCGUAUCCAUCUUUCACAGUUGGCUUCUGACGAUCCAUUCGCUGAAGAUUUCUAUUACCAAGUCUACUCAUCUAUUCAUCAGCACGUUGGCCUUACAACCUGGUCAGCCACUAGUGGCAACAGUAACAAUGAUGCCACGAGCAGAGGUAGAGGAAGAAGAGAGGAAUCAUCAACGCAGAGAGUGCAACAGCAAUUGCAGCGUAUUGUGAAUGAUACCAAGAGACGACCAAAGCAAAGUCAAGUUUCUUUGGAAGGUGCUCUUGGAAAGAUUACUUCUCUCACAGUUCGAAACCCUCGCCAGGUCUUACAAGUAUCUGACAAAAAACCUUCUUCGACCAGUAACCAAGAUGGGUCUCAAAGUUCCCAAGAGACUCAGACUAUCAAUAGAGCCAAGCCAAUCGUAUCUGUUGUGAACGAUCGUAGACGAAUUCUUAAGAUUAUCGAAAACAUUUAUCUUAUUGUACUUCAGAUCGAACAGGUGCGCAGACAAGGUGCUCCACAGUCUAAGCCUGGACACGAAGACGAGUAUGAAGAGGCAGUUGAGAAAUGGAAUGAGGCCUAUGCAGAAAAGAUUCAGAAGCUCUGGAACACAUUGAGAAUAUUAGAUACUCCUGAGGGCAGUCUUCCAUUGAUUAUCUCAAUUCUCUCUACUGGCAAGGGCAAAAAGCUGGUUGCUCGUAUUGUGCGCUACCUCAGCAGUGAUCAGAAUCUGACCAUGGUGACCGUAAUCAUUGCAAACUUUGAACAGCUCCAGGUCUGCCGUCAUGUCAUAUAUCCCGGCAUGACGGUCUCUAAUGCCGAAGAAGCCAAGAAGCAGCAUUUUGUCACCUAUGAGGAUGUCGAACUCUUUAUGAACUCGGCCGCACCCGCCCUGUUAGGUUUCAUCAGUGACGCCCCACUCAGGGUGAUCAAUGGACUGUUCCAGUUGCUUAUGGAAAAGAACAACGUCGAGGUUGUUGCGCAAAGCAGGCCCGGACUUGUGUUCUUGGCCAUGCUUUUGUCGCGCGCCGAGAUUUUGAAGCAAGGAGGCGGGGCAUCGAAUGGCUCUGCUCCCCCAACUGCUGAAGAAUUAGCCCAGUGGCACGAAGUGUACUCCAAGCUGUUUUCCGCAUUACAGGGUCGUUAUGCAUCCAUAUUCCCUUCGUUGUAUUACCUUGUUCCGAUCCAUCCUGGCAUGAACCUGAUGCAAAUAUCGCAUGAGCUCGACGAUGUUUAUGUCUGGCAGUUUUUGGCAGCCAUGGCAGUGGGCGCUUCAAUGGAACAACAACAUAUUCUUGUUACUGAAGUCAGAGACCGUGUAAUGGAAAAUAUUGUUCUGGCUCACAGUAACCGUCUUUCGGCACAUCAGUCAACACACAUGAUAGCCAAUGUAAAUCUGUUCUUACGCGCAUUAGGGCUCGAUGUCUCACAAGUCACUAAACAUCGAUAGUCUCUCUCUCUACCUCUACCUCUACCUUUCUAUCUCUCUCUCUCUAUUCCUUUCCUUUUCUUCUUUUUCUUUUAUAAAGCAUCUGGUUCUUGAAAGCCAUUUUUUUUUCUUUUUUACAUUUUAUAUAUAUAUUAUAUAUUCUAAAAUAAAAGUAUAAGAUAGUAAUUUUUUUAAAA